AUGUGUGUUAUUUUUAAAAUUAUUCAUUUGAUUGAUUCAAAGGUUGUUCUCUUCUUCAUUGACAUUUUUGAGAAAUUUUCGUUUUUCAGAGCUCCUCCUCAAACUCGAAGUUCUUCUCGAAGUUCGUCAAAAAAUCGAGAUGAAGGUAGACUGUCACAGGCAAGAAAUAACAGUCGAAACGCAACAAGAUCUCGCAUUUUCUAAAUUAUUUUUCCGAUUUAUUUCUUUUUUUUUUAAUUUCUUCGGAUCAUUUUCAAAUAGGAAAAAUAAACAUUUUCAUUUUUCAAAUUGUUUUUUUUUGUGAAAUAAAAAAAACCCAUUGAUGAUUCAUCAACAACAUUUUUCAUAUGACCCAUUUCCACGACAAAAUCUGGGUCUCUAAUAUACAAAUAAUAUUUUCUCGGAUUAUGAAAUAUAUCGUUUUUUAAUUUUUCAGAAAUGGGGUGUGGUUCGAAUUUCGUAAAAUCUGAAAUUUAUAUGAUUGGAAAACAUCAAUAUCUUCAUUUUCAAAUAUUUUGUUUCUCAAUACUUCUCUUGUCUCCACAUUUUUACAUUUUUUAACUAAUCAUCAGACGUAAGUAAAAAAAUUCAAGACAUUUUCAGAAAGAUGAUCAAAUCAAUGCUAAAUGCUGAAAAUGAGAAACAAGAAGACGAGGAAGACGAAGAGAAAAAUUGCCAACCUUGCAAAAAUGCUGAAGUCUGUAAAACAAAGAAUUGAGUAAAUGUCCAAAUUUUACAAUUAUUCAGAAAACGAAUACCUCUGCCAAUCGAGAAGACAGAACUCGAUCCUCGUCGCGCGUUUCAAACCCUCAGUGCCGUGCAGAUACUGGAUCAAACCGCUUGAGCUACAAAAGCAGAUUUGGAAAAGUAGGAUGGGCAGCCAUUGAACAUGAAAUCAACAAUAUCGACCAACCAAUACUCCCAAUUUUACGUUAUGGAUCUAGAGCCUGGUCGCUGACAAAUAGAACAUACAAGUUGUCAAAGGAAUGA